AUGGCUAACAGCGUAUUGGACCCUUCAGCAUUGAUUGGACUUCUUCCUAACUUGUUACCACCGACAAACAAAACCUUGACAUCUCCUCAUGAUGGUCUGGCAGCGCUUGUCCACACGGCAUUUUCUGCACUUGCGUUUCGCUUGAUUGCAACGGAUGACGCAUCCUCCGCAAAGGAACACCCUAACAACGUCCUUCCUGAUGAUUGGAACACCAAAGGACUUGUCGAUCGAAUCUUUCGCUACAGACACGAACAAAGCAGUCUUGAGUUUGUUGUGAAAGUCAUCAAACUCGGUCAGCGUACAUUGAUCAGCGCAAUCGCUGUCGAAAGUGACAAAUCCGCCUCUCUGGAUGUCGCAACAAACGACUUCGUCUCACCGUCGUUUUACCCCUAUGAUACGGCAAAGGCGGACUCCCCGCCGCUUGUCCACGGCUUUAUAUCGUCCAACCGUGUCACAGAUUUCAUAUCUCAGCUCAAGCUCAAAAUAAUACAGAAACUUACCCCUGGAUUGCGCAAAGAAGGAUAUAUCGAAGAAAGUGAGGAUUCAUCCAGUAAUACUGGACCCGCCCCCCGCGCGGAGAAUCCCCCUCCAGCCCGUCCACGACCAGAGUCGCCACCUCACCCUUUACCGGAUAUCCCAUACGGCUUACCGCCCGGUGUGCGACCUCGCAAUCCACUGGAGAUCGGUCGUCGAGACCUUGAUCCCUUUGGUGGGGUCAACCCUUUCCAACCCCCUUCACUAUUCGGCGACGAAGGAGACGGGAUGUUUGUCGGUCCAAAUCACCCAAUCUUUGGUAUGAGAGGCGGUCGGGCACAGGAUAUGCGAGGUCCAUGGGGUGGAGAUGGCUAUCUCCCUCCGAUGGGAGCCCCACCGGGUGCCCGCUUUGACCCAAUAGGACCAAACCCCAGCCCCUUCAACCCAAGUUUUAACGGAAGACCCCGAGGUGGACCUCCAGGAAGAGGAAACACAAGAGAUCCUGAUAACGAUGAGUUUAUGCCCCCCGGAGCAGGAGAUAUGUUCAUGUGA